AUGAUCUUCUGCCAUGUCCUGCCCUUCCUCUUUGCCAUUCAUGAGAUCAACCAGAGUCCAAGGCUCUUUCCCAACAUCACUCUGGGCUACAACCUCUAUGAGAACUUUGUCAAUGCAAGAAUGAUCUAUGAGGCCAUGAUGGACCUGCUGUCGACAGGGCAGGAGAAUGUCCCAAACUACAGUUGCGGAACACCCAAAAAUCUGUUGGCCGUACUUGAAGGAACUGAUUCUGAGCUGUUUCAUCAUGUUGGUCAUCUACAAAAUCCCACAGUUACUCCAUUCCACUCACACCUGACUUCCCUCCAAGAGAAUGAAGACAAAGAACUAUGGUCUGCCAUAUUCCAACCACAUCCAAGGAAGAACAAGGAUUGCUAUGGAGAUCUGGAGGCAGGCUGUAUCUCACCUUCGGCAAGAGAACUGUGCUUCCCCCCAGAGAGAUCUGAGACCCAAGACCGUGGCCCCUGUCUCAGAGACCUAGAGCAGGUCUCCACCAUGAUAGAGGAAAUGCUGCUGCUGCUUCUCCUGCUGUCCCAUUUUCCCUGUGGGACACUGAUGGUCGGAUGUCAGUUGAAUGUGUUAAAAGAGGAAAAAUACAUGUUCAAUUACUACAAGCCAGGAGACUUUCUGAUCAGUGGGAUCAUAUCUGCAUCUAGUACUGUAGUUCAACCGUAUGUUUUCUUCAUGCCUCCCAAGAACACAUUUGUAAGUAAGCUUGUGAGUUUCUGCCAUGUCCUGCCCUUCUUCUUCGCCAUUCAUGACAUCAACCAGAAUCCAAGGCUCUUACCAAAUAUUACACUGGGCUACAACAUCUAUGAGAUCUUUUUCAAUGCAAGGAUAACUUACGAUGCCAUGCUGGAUUUGCUAUCCAGGGGACAGGUGAAUGUCCCAAACUACAGUUGUGGAAGAUCAAAAAAUCUGCUGGCGGUGCUUGAAGGGACUGAUUCUGAGCUCUUCAACCAUGUUUCAACCAUGCUAGGCAUCUACAAAAUCCCACAGCUUCAUCCUUUUCUAAGAAACUUCCAGCUUUACAAUCUUUCUGUGGGGAAUGUUUAUUUGGAUGAGGCUGGAAAUCCUGUGGCUGACUUUGGUAUCGUGAACUGGGCAAUGCUUCCCAACAAGUCUGCUGUCGGGGUGAAAAUUGGAAAGAUCGAAAGAGAGGCCUCUUCAGAAGUCAAGCUCUCCAUCAAUCAGAGUGCCAUCCUAUGGCCAACGUCAUUUAACCAGGAGGCACCUUUUUCUAGGUGUACUGAAAGUUGUCUCCCAGGAUACACCAAGGUCAUGAGAGAGGGAGCACCAGUUUGCUGUUAUGACUGUUCUCCAUGUGUGGAAGGAACAAUCUCCAGACAGGAAGAUGCAGCCGAUUGUGAAAAAUGUCCAGAUGACCAGCAUUCCAAUAAGAAGCAAGAUCAAUGUGUCCCCAAAACUGUAAGUUUCCUGUCCUAUGAUGAAAAGCUAGGUCUCAUCCUGGCUCUCAUUGCUUCUUUUUUGUCUUUAACAACUGCCUUCAUUCUGGGAAUCUUCAUUAAAUACCGAGAAACUCCCAUAGUCAAAGGCAACAACCAGGACCUCACCUACAUUCUCCUGGUCUCCCUCCUCCUUUCCUUCUUGAUUGCCCUUCUAUUCAUUGGUCGCCCCAAGAAAGUGACCUGCCUUCUUCGACAAACCACCUUCAGUGUUGUUUUCUCAGUUGCCGUGUCUUCUUUGCUGGCCAAGACUGUCAUGGUGGUGAUGGCCUUUCUGGCCACAAAGCCAGGCAGCAGGAUGAGGAAAUGGCUGGGGAAGACUCUGGCCAACUCCAUCAUUUUAUCCUGCUCUGGGGUUCAGGUGGGCCUCUGUACCAUGUGGCUGGGAAUCUCUCCGCCAUUCCCAGAUUCUGAUCUAUAUUCCCAACCUGGACACAUUGUGCUGCAGUGUAAUGAAGGCUCAGUUACCAUGUUCUAUACCACCCUUGGCUACAUGGGCUUUCUGGCUGCCAUCUGCUUCUUGGUGGCUUUCCUGGCCCGGAAGCUCCCAGGGUCCUUCAAUGAAACCAAGUUGAUCACCUUCAGCAUGCUGGUUUUCUGCAGCGUUUGGGUCUCCUUUAUCCCCACUUACCUGAGCUCCAAAGGUAAAUUCAUGGUGGCUGUGCAGAUCUUCUCCAUCCUGGCCUCCAGCCUGGGCUUACUGGGCUGCAUCUUUGUCCCGAAAUUUUACAUCAUCAUCCUGAGACCUGACAUGAACACCAAGGAGCACCUAAUGAUGAAAAACAAGAAGGGCUCCUGA